AUGGAUUUAUUUGAUAGUCAAUAUUUUAAAAUCAACAAGCUUGCUCUAACUGUCUACGGAUUGUGGCCUUAUCAAUCGGAGAUUGGGAGAAUAAUUAACCACGUUAUUUUUGUAGUAACGUCAUUCUCCAUGAUUUUUGCUAUGGCAGCAGGUAUUCAAUCACAGGUAAAUGCGGAGCUUAAAAAUAUUUUGGAAACAGUCGUAGCUCUGGUUUUCUGUGGUGCUGGCCUCGUCAAAUGUACGAUUCUUUAUAAUCAAAGAAAUCAGAUAAAAAAAUUAUACGAACGAAUCGCUGCUGAUUGGGAAAAAUUGACUGAUACUUCAGAACGUGAUAUAUUGCGAGCAUUUUUAUUAGAAGGCCGACAUUCGAUCGUAAUUACCAUAGUGUAUGCUGUUCCUGCUUUUUGCUUAUUUAUUUGCGUCGAAUUUCUUCCAAGAAUAUUUAGUAAAGAAUCUGCAAAACAUCGUCUACAUAGCUUUCCAUACUACUAUAAAUCUAUGGUAAUAAGUGAAAACACAUAUGAUUUGCAGGUCUGCGUACAUUUAAUGGUUGUCAUAAUAUACGUUGGUUUUUCAUACUUGUGUGCCAGCGCUACGUAUAUAUCCAGUGUGAAACACGUUUGCGCCUUGUAUGCAAUUGCUUGCCAGCGGUUACGAAAUGCCAUAGUAUACCGUAAGAAUAGUACACCGCUAAAAGAAUUAAUAGAAGACACAUCGGUUAUACCUAAUUUAAUUAAAGUUAUCGAAAUGCAUAAAGAAGCUUUAAGAGGUAUACAGAUAAUUGAGCAGGUUUUUAGUGCAGGCUUCUUCGUAUUUGAAAUAUCAGCUUUAACAACCAUCGCCAUUCUUAUAUUUGAUUUAAAUUAUCACCAGGGAAAUCCUUUUCAAAUGAUGCGAGUUCUGCUAAUACUAUCUGUUUUUGUACUAUAUUUGUUUUUUAUGAAUUGGUGUGGAGAGCAAACUAUACAAUCUUGCAACAAUGUCAAUGCACAAGCAUAUAACAUAGAAUGGUAUGGAAUAUCUUUAAAAGCAAGAGUAUUCGUACUUAUGAUCUUACGACGCACAUUGAAACCCAUACAUUUAACAGCAGGGACCAUAAUGAUUUUAUCGAUGGAAAAUUUUGGGACGAUUUUAAAGACUGCGUGGUCAUUCGGCAUGAUAUUGCUGACUACUCAAACAUCAGCGAGAAAUAAAGAUCCAAAUUUUUUCGGAUAUUAA